CUGGAGGUCUGAGCCCGCCCCCAGGGUCUGCCGAGGUGCGUCUCUAAACUGACGCGGCUGCGCGGGGUGGGGGGGUGGGGGCAGAGAGAGCAGGACGCGCCACCUGCAGAGCUGGCUGCUGCAGUUUCUUUACUAGGAAACACCAUUUCCCCGCGGGAGCAUCCGGGAGCGCGCAAGUACACACACACACACACACACACACACACACACACACACGCCCGCGCUGGCCCGCUUCUUCUUCACAACUGCAUCCCCAAACAGGCAGAGCAAAGCUACUGCGGUUUCUCGUAACCUCCUCAUCGUGAGGCGAAGCAGAGCCAUUGUGUGUAUCUGGGAAAGCCCGGUGCCUGCGUUGCCGCCUCGGGUACAUAACCCAGCAGAACGCUCACCCCAUCGGCUGGAAUGCUUGCUGAUUCUGCUUCGAACUUCUAAGGCUGAAACUCUGAGGAACCCAGCUGGAAAAUGCCGUCAGAACGCUGCCUCAGUAUUCAAGAAAUGCUGACGGGCCAGAGGCUCUGCCACUCCGAAUCCCACAAUGACAGCGUCCUGGCAGCGCUGAAUCAACAGAGGAGUGAUGGCAUCCUCUGUGACGUCACCCUGAUUGCUGAGGAACAGAAAUUCCAUGCUCACAAGGCAGUCCUAGCCGCCUGCAGCGACUACUUUCGGGCAAUGUUCAGUCUUUGUAUGGUGGAAAGUGGCGCCGAUGAGGUGAACUUACAUGGCGUCACCAGCCUUGGCUUAAAGCAGGCUCUGGAGUUUGCAUACACAGGACAGAUUUUGCUGGAGCCGGGCGUGAUCCAGGAUGUGUUGGCAGCUGGCAGCCACCUGCAGCUCUUGGAGCUUCUCAAUUUAUGUUCCCACUAUCUCAUCCAGGAAUUAAAUAGCUUUAAUUACUUGGAUCUGUACAGACUUGCCGACCUCUUUAACCUCACUUUGUUGGAGAAGGCAGUGAUCGAUUUCUUAGUGAAACAUCUCUCUGAACUCCUGAAGAGUCGACCGGAAGACGUGCUAACGCUCCCCUAUUGUCUGCUUCAGGAGGUCCUGAAGAGCGACCGCCUGACCUCCUUGAGUGAAGAGCAGAUCUGGCAGCUAGCCGUGAGGUGGCUGGAACACAACUGCCAUUACCAGCACAUGGAUGAGCUUCUGCAGUACAUCCGCUUCGGCCUGAUGGAUGUGGAUACUCUCCAUACAGUUGCCCUGUCCCACCCUCUGGUCCAGGCAAGCGAGGCAGCGACAGCUCUUGUGAACGAGGCCCUGGAAUACCACCAGAGCAUCUACGCACAGCCCGUGUGGCAGACUCGCAGGACCAAACCCAGGUUCCAGUCAGACACUCUCUACAUCAUCGGUGGGAAGAAGCGGGAGGUCUGUAAAGUCAAGGAACUCCGGUACUUCAAUCCCGUGGAUCAGGAGAAUGCUCUCAUCGCUGCCAUUGCCAACUGGAGCGAGCUGGCCCCCAUGCCCGUGGGAAGGAGCCACCACUGUGUGGCGGUCAUGGGGGACUUCCUGUUUGUGGCAGGAGGGGAAGUGGAGCAUGCCAGUGGCCGGACGUGUGCUGUGAGGACUGCCUGUCGCUAUGACCCCCGCAGUAACUCCUGGGCAGAGAUAGCACCCAUGAAAAACUGCCGGGAGCACUUUGUGCUGGGCGCCAUGGAUGAGUACCUCUAUGCCGUUGGGGGCAGAAAUGAACUGCGCCAGGUUCUGCCAACAGUUGAGCGGUAUUGCCCCAAGAAGAACAAAUGGGCUUUUGUGCAGUCCUUUGAUCGGUCCCUGUCAUGUCACGCCGGCUCUGUGGCGGAUGGUCUGCUUUGGAUAUCAGGUGGAGUAACUAACACCGCCCAAUAUCAGAACAGACUAAUGGUAUAUGAACCUAACCAGAAUAAGUGGAUAAGCCGCAGCCCCAUGCUGCAGAGAAGGGUCUACCAUUCCAUGGCUGCUGUCCACAGGAAGCUCUACGUCCUUGGAGGCAACGACCUGGACUACAACAACGACCGGAUCCUCGUGCGGCACAUAGAUUCCUACAACAUCGACACCGACCAGUGGACGCGCUGCAGUUUCAACCUGCUGACCGGCCAAAAUGAAUCUGGAGUUGCUGUCCAUAAUGAGAGAAUAUAUUUAGUUGGUGGAUAUUCGAUUUGGACAAAUGAGCCUCUGGCUUGUAUCCAGGUACUGGAUGUAAGUAGAGAAGGCAAAGAAGAAGUCUUCUAUGGGCCGACUCUGCCUUUUGCCUCCAAUGGAAUAGCAGCAUGCUUCCUUCCAGCUCCGUACUUCACAUGCCCUAAUCUUCAAACUCUCCAAGUGCCUCAUCACAGGAUCGGCACCGUCUGAAAAGCCAGUGCUCCAUUAGUAAUCAUUAUGAAGAGGAGGGACAUAAGCCUGACUGUCAGAUACUGGGCAUGAAGGACUCCGUGCUCAAUGCUUCCUUGUUUCAUUUUAUAGGUCUUAUAUUCAGAUAAACGUUAGCAAAAAAAGAAAAAGAAUUUUCUAAAAUACAUAAUCGAUAAUUCCUGUCACCCUUUGCAGUGUGUGUGACGUGUAACACAAUAGUGUAUGUAUGACUUCUAUUGUGGUGUGGCUUAGUGUCAACUUAAUGGUCCAUCACUGUUCUGUGGGUCUUCAGAGCCUUUUUCUACAUUUUUUCUAAUCUGUACUGUCUAGGACAACAUGACAGCAUCAGUAAGUCAGUUUACUUCCAAGUGAACAUUAUGCAGCUGCAUUAGAAGAAACUCACCACGAUGACAUCAUAAACUUUUAAAUGCUGUCCUUUAUUUAAGGUAAUACAAAUACUAGCAGUACACUGGAAGAGCAGUUGGAAUAUCCAGAGUUUCUGCCUUGGUCACUACUGUGAUCUUGGGCCAGGGGCCUACCUUUACAGUGCUUCAGUUUUCCCACUUUCAAGGAUAAUUACUGAUUCCCACAUUAAUUCAGAGGGAUGUUGUGAGGAUUAGGCAAAUGCUUCGAAGUCCUUUGCCUAAGGAAAAAAUGUUACUCAAAUUCCAAGGUAUUCUUCAAAAUCUGCUAACUGAACAGGGAGUUAUUUUUGAGGUUUAAAACUACUAGGUAGAAGUUCAAACACAUGCUAUGGGAUGAGUGAUUGUAAAAAGCAUGUGUAAGAGAUAAUGCUAAUUUGGAAAAAGGGACUUGAUCCAAGCCAAAGAUUCCUAACCUUGUACAAAUCCUUCCCUCAAAUAAUAACUCAAACAUCUCCUUUAAAUUCAUUUAGUAAAAAAUGACAUUUUAUACUAGAAAAAAUAAGUUGUACUAAUUUUGGUAUCAUAAAGUGCUUUGACAUAAAUUUGAACCUGGAACCAGUAGUUCUCACAAAAGUUUUUCCACUUUGUUAAAGGUUAUGUCAAUCUUGAGACCUUCUGGGAUUCUUCCCCACCACCAAUACAUAUUUUAUUACCACCACUUUUAAUAAUGCAUAAGGAUUAUUUUUAGGCUAGGUUUGUGGAUUUGCUUUGUCCACAACAGAAAAUAAAACAAUUCAAUGAUCACUUUGAACAUUCAGCCAACAACUAUAAUUGGAGUUUUCCCCCUUUCCUAAUCUUGUUGGGAUCUAAGUCACCUUUAUUAAGAUUUUACUUUUUUCCUUGGCAUGGUUUAAUCAUUCAGUAAUCAUUGAUUUAUAGGGAAUUCUCAUUUUAUCCAUGUAAAUACUUUAUUCUAAAUACAGAAUUCACUAAUUUUAUGUUAUACCUAAAAUGUUAACUUUUAAGUAUAUACAUAUAACUUUUGGUUAUCCAGACUAAAGUGUGGGAGAGGAGAGAGACCAGGGGUGAAGAACACAAGUGAAUUUAAAAAAAAAAAAAAAGAUUUAGUUUAGACUAACAAAAAACCUUUAGGGUAUUUUUACAGUUCUGAAAGUGACAUUGGUAAUUGCUAUUUAGAAGGGUGACAGGGAAUCUCUUCAAAAGGUAUAAAUCAUCUAAAUUAAAUUUUAAAAAUACCUUACCAAGUCAGAAAAAUGGACUCCGCCAUUUUAGAAAUCUUUUCAACAAGGACCUAUGCAAGAAAUAUUUCAGACUCGUUAAUUCUUCGCCUUGAUAAUUUUUCCCUGUAGCAGUUUUACCUUAUAAAACCACUAAAAUCUAUUUGUAACCCCAGACCCAAUAUUCAAUGAAUGAAAGGGAAAGCCUCUAAAAAUAAGUUUGUUUGAUGGUAACUGAAAGGCAGCCUGAGAGUACUCUUGUUUCUGUGUAGAAUUCUAAGUAUUCGUUUAAAACAAAUCAUUAUACAUUAUCAAACCUCUCCUUGGUACACACAGUAUUCACUAGUAUUACAGAAUUGAACUCAGAAUUUUAAAAAACUUUACAUAAUUUUCAGAAACAUACUUUAUAGUAAUAGCCAAAGAACAGCAUUCAAAAUACACUUGUCCCUUGGAAAAAGAACUCAUAGAUCACUUAUAUUUAGAUCCUUUCCCUCAAAUUAUCAAUAAUAAAGUUAAUAAGAAAAAACAAUGCCUGGUCAUAUAAGUUCAAUUCCAUUGAAACUAUUCAAAUGUAUACAUUUCCAUUUAAGUGUACUAUUCUAUAGUAAUCCAUUUUCUAUUUUCAAAAUUAAAGUCCAUAUUGUAUUUAAAUUCUUAAUUUGAAUUUCCAUAGGAAAACCAUGGAACUUCCAACCAUUCAAACAUUUCAGGAUUUUACUUUAAAAAAGAAAAAGCAGUAGCACAUAGAUCCCAGCCGAGUGUUCUUACUGUGGGAAGAAAAGCCGGCAAAGACACAAAUCUCCAAAAUACUCUGUAUGAACAAUGCAAUACAGUUCCUUAGAU